AUGAAAUCGUUUGAUUCUCUUAAGCAGAAGGUCGUAUCGUCUUGCGGUGAUCUUUCCUUCGAUCUAGGAGGCGUGCCUUUCGAUGCCAAACGCAUCCUCGACUUCUACACCUACAAGUACAACUUGACGUGCCUACAUGGCGAUUCAGACUGGUGCUUGAUGGAACAGCGAAAAUGGUUUGUCGAGUACCUCCCCACAGUCACAUGGCCGAGCUUUACGGAAAAGUGGUAUCCCGAUUGGUUCAACGAUCCUAUCAACGGUACCAACCGUAUUGACGAGAAUGGUACCACCAUAAUGCCGUAUACGAUUGUCGAUCCCGGUACGCCAAUCUUCAACUCGCACAAGGAACAGGCUCUAGACUUUCGUUACAAAGGCGCCGAGCCAGCCCGUGGCACACUGAAGCAAGACCCGAAUCAAUUCGGUGGUCUAGAGUACGAUGAGUAUCCGACUGAGAUCCAAUGCUCAUCGUGCUUUCUGAAGCGUUUCAAACUCGGUUUUAUGUCGAGAUGGGGCGAAGUGUACAACGAGGUCAAGCAGCAAGCGUGGGACAACAUCCAGAGGAACUGUGGCUUUGAAGAGAUGUUGUACGUCGAUCCUGCUCUGGAUCAGUCCGGCCCUCCUCCUGAACAUGAAGCCUGGGAUUGGGAUGGUCCGAGUCGCUGUGACCGGGUCGUGGAAUUCUCGUCGUACGGAGCGGUCAAUUGCAGUACCUUCUCCGCCAUGUACAAAGUUGCCACUGGAACUUUGCGAGAUCUCAACAAACGUUUCGUCAACCAAGACUCCUGCAUGGCUCUUCCGAAUGGCACAUACUGCCUCCCAGAGCCCUGCGAUGCGGCGAAGCAGGUAUACGACGGAGGCAUCGAGCCAUUCGAUCUCAUAGGCCCCAACGGUCCAUACAACAACAUCUCCUUCACACAGUUCGUCAAGUGGAACUCUGCGGCGGUCCAUAGCCGCGUCAUGCCGGGCGACUAUGUAUGCAUCGGUCCUCCUGGUGGUGCGUACGUAGCAGAUCUUGCGCCGGGUGGCCAAGGCGGACCGCCGUUGUACACUACCACCGCCGUACCCGCUAUGGAGACGCCACCAGGAACGAUCUCGAACUGCGGAAAGUACUAUGACACAUACUAUGCAGCUGUCAAGGACAUCGUCCGCGGCAAUCCCCACUACAACUGA